UGUCCCGACGAGCCUCGAGGAUCAUUUUGAAAGUUUUAUUUCAGUAAACGUUCAUCUGCAGCUCUGAGAAAACCUCAAACUUUUCUUUGCUCCGGUUUUUAUAUUAAACCCGUGAGAGGUCUGACAGGGGUCAGGACCCGGAGCGGGACCGGAACCGGGACCAGAGCCAGGCCCAGGAGCAGGAUCGAGAGCAGGAUCGGGAGCAUGUCCCGGGCCGAGGAGCGCGACGAGGCGGACUGUGUGUGUUCGGUCGGGAUGAAGUUAACGUGGGACAUCAACGACACCAAACUGCCGCAGGACACGAAGCAGUUCGAUGCGUUCCAGGAGUGGACCGACGGUUACGUUCGGUACAUUUACAGCGCUGAAGAUAAGAACGCUCAGAGGCAUCUGUCUGGCUGGGCAAUGAGAAACACCAACAACCACAACUGUCAGAUCUUGAAGAAAUCGUGUUUGGGGGUGGUGGUGUGCUCUCGAGGCUGCGCGCUGCCGGACGGAUCCAGGUUGCAGCUCCGACCCGCCAUCUGUGACAAGGCCCGGCAGAAACAGCAGAAGAAGCUGUGUCCGAACUGUAACUCCGCUCUGGAGCUGCUGCCGUGCCGUGGACACAGCGGUUAUCCCGUCACCAACUUCUGGAGAGUGGAUGGAAAGGCCAUCUUCUUCCAGGCAAAAGGGGUCCAUGAUCAUCCCAGACCAGAGUCCAAAUCAGAGACUGAAGCCAGACGGAGUUCAGUGAAGAGACGAGUCAGUUCACCUCCAUUCACACCAAAGAGGCGGCUCAUUGAAACACAGCCUCUUGGCCCCGCCCUCCUCUCCUGCGUUGAGCCACCAGACAGAAUCUCCUUCAUUGAGCCAAACUUCCCACAGCACUACCCAGCAUUCCAAAGCCCAGAGCCCUACUACAACCCCCACAAUGCACUGGGAGAGGGCACGCCAACACUUCAGAAACCAGCCAAUCCCAGACUUUACAUGGGCAGGCCCGGAUAUGACUUCCAAGGAUACCUGACCUCACCUUCAUAUCCUGUAACUUCUGACCUCUGCGACCCUAGGGUGGCCCCGGUCCUGGGUUCCUCCUCCUCCUCCUCGCCUUCAUCAUCAGCUCCUCUCUCCUCAUCCUCCACCUCCUUUGACCCUCAGACGAAGACCCCUCCCGGCUGGAAGGAGCUGCUGAAGAACUCUACCUCCUACAGUGAUAACCACCAUUACUACAGCACUGAGUACCCCUGCCGUUAUGCCAGUAACACCCCGGGUUCUCCAGCAGCACUGCAGACCAUUAUCACCACGACAACCAAGGUCUCCUAUCAGCCGUGUCCAAAGCCUCCUGCUGCCCUACCUCCUUACCAGUCAUGUCCCAAGCCUUCUGCGGGCUUGCCCUCCUACCAGCCCUGUGCUCCCCCCAAACCUGCUGGCCUCCCUGGCUGCUCUUCCCUGCUGGAUGACCCCUCCUCGUCCUCAUACUCCACCGAGGUGAAGGUGACAGAGGAGUCGGGCGGAGUCAUCAAGUCUCUGUCAUUCCAGCCUGAGCCUCUGCAGACCAAAACCGAGCGGGCCGAGAGCUAUGACUACCGCUACUCUUACCCCAACACAUACCGCUACGAUGACUACUGAGGCUGCAGUGUUACCUCUACUACUGCUGCAGGUAUACUGCGGCCAACAGAGACGCUCCAACUACCCACUGACUGUUUAGUGCCAAACCUCCUAAGGGCAAUGCUCCCACUGGACCAUUCAGGAACCAAGAGGAUCAGUUUGAGUCCAGACUUUAGUCCAUGAGAGGCUUUCCUUUUCUGAAGGAUGAUCUGUUUCGUGUCAGACAUCAGAAAACUGCCUCUGGAGCCAAUUCAGGGCAAAACCUCUGGAAACAGUGCCCCGUCAAACGGGAUAUCAAGCAUCCCGUCACCGAGCUGGUGUUGUUGGAGCGUUUGAACUCACCUUCCUCUGAAAACUGAGGCACUUCGAACAAAAGACAAACAGCAGAAAUCACUCAGUUCUGUUGUGUAUAUUAUUUAUUGUCUUUUAACCUUGUGAUAUUUCCUGUAGCAGGCUGACUCACUGGUUACUUGGUAACCUCCAAAAUCUUCAUAAGGUAUAACAAAUAGUCCAGCAUAUUUUAGCAAAAUGCGUUAAUGCUUUCAUCAUAAACACGUGCUCCUGCUUUGAUGGAGAAACUUUCCAGUGAGUCCCAAAGUUGAUGAGCAGAAACCAACUCAGACUGUCAGAGUUUUUCACCUCCUCAGUCCCUUCAUCAGAAAUCCUCAGCUGCACAUGUGCAGCUCUGCUGUGCAUUUGAAUUCAUCAGUUUCAAACUGCAGUUCAUUUGAUUUGUUUCACUGCCACAAAUUUCUGUUAGCAUCCCGAAGCAGAGGAUUAAACCUGACCUAUGAGUGUGUGAGACCGUCUGUGUGCCGAGGACGGCCGUGCAGCCGCAGUGUUUGAGAUGUUUCACUAUCUGAUUCAUUCAGUGUUUCACAGCACAGCCUCAUGAUGAACUCACAGGAUUUACCUGAUGUUUGUAAUAUUUAUGAAAUCCGUCUGUCAGCCGGAUCCUGAAGCAGGAAGAACAAACCUGCCUGAGGAGAUCUGAAGGUGUUGAAGUGUCACAUUAAAGCAGCUGA